AAGAGACGCGCUGAACCAGAGGGUGCGGUUCGAUUCCCGUCUGAUCUGAAGGCUGUUUUUCACUCCAAUAUUUCCAGUCUCUCCAGCUCCGAUCAUCCAGGCGGUGGUGGAACACACACACACACACACACACACACACACACGGGACUCACUGCUGUGGAUCAACACACUGACAUCGAACACAAUCUGAGUUCACAACUUUGGACCGGAACAACUGAGCUCCGACAUGGACCCGAGACUCACAGGUGACGCCUCUGCUGAGACUCGGGGCAGAGAGGAGGGAGACCCCCCCUCUAAAGGACCUGGGACCAAAGCUCAGAGAUCUACGCUGCAGCCAGAACCAGCUGGACCUGGACCUGGACCUGGACCUGGACCUGGACCCAGCUGUGUGUCUCUGAAGAGUGAUCGCUCCAUGCCUAGACAUAUUGACUUCAGAGGAGGAGCGGAGUCUUCAGGUCCAAGGAUCCAUCAGGAGUCUGGACUCUGCUGUGACUCUCUGAAGAGUCAUGUCUCCAAGGAUCUCGUGAUUGACUUCAAAGCUGAAGAGUCUCCGGAGGAGAGAGAGGACCAUCAGAGCUCAGAGCUUCUCAGUGGUCAGCAACAUCCAGACUCUGCACGGCAGCGGCUGGAGGAGAAGUUCCUCAGCUAUGUGAGCAGAAUCUGGAGACUUCUGGGUCCAGAUGAGCCAGAACCUCCAGAGACUGAGGAAGAGGAGCAGUGGAGGAGCAUCAGGGAAGAAUUCCUGAAGAUCACAGUUCACCUCCUGAGGAACAUGGAGGAGGAGGAUCUGGCCCAGCGUCUGUGGAGCAGAAGUGGUGCUGGAGCGUGUGCAGGGCGACUGAAGAGGAGCCUGCAGAAGAAGUUCCACAGUGUGUCUGAGGGGGUCGCUAGAGCAGGAAACUCUGCCCCUCUGAAUCAGAUCUACACAGAGCUCUACAUCACUGAGGGGGGCACAGAGCAGCUCAACCAGGAGCACGAGGUCCGACAGAUCGAAGCAGCAACCAGGCAGCAGACCAGACCACAAACUACCAUCAGACCAGAAGACCUCUUUAAAGCCUCAGCUGACACAGAGCCACCAAUCAGGAGCCUGCUGACGAAGGGCGUGGCUGGCAUUGGGAAGACCCUCCUGACACAGAAGCUGACUCUGGACUGGGCUGAAGACAAAGCCCACCACAACUUCCAGCUGGUGUUUCCUUUCACCUUCAGAGAGCUGAACCUGCUGAAAGAGAAGCAGUUGAGUUUGGUGGAACUUGUUCAUCUCUUCUUUCCUGAAACCAAAGACUCAGGACUCAGCAGCUUUGAAGGAGUCCAGGUUCUGUUCAUCUUGGACGGUCUGGACGAGUGUCGACUCCGUCUGGACUUCAACAGUGGGGUCCUGACAGCAGCUACAGAGUCCACCUCAGUAGACGUCCUGCUGACCAGCCUCAUCAGGGGGAAGCUGCUUCCCUCAGCUCAGCUCUGGAUCACCACACGACCUGCAGCAGCCAAUCAGAUCCCUCCUGAGUGUGUGGACAUGGUGACCGAGGUCAGAGGGUUCACUGACCUCCAGAAGGAGGAGUACUUCAGGAAGAGGUUCAGAGAUGAGGAGCAGACCACCGUCAUGUCUCACAUCCGGAGAUCACGAAGCCUCUACAUCAUGUGUCACAUCCCCAUCUUCUGCUGGAUCACUGCCACAGUUCUGGAGGACAUGUUGAAGAGCAGAGAGACCGGAGAGCUGCCCAAGACCCUGACUGAGAUGUACAUCCACUUCCUGGUGGUUCAGGCCAAAGUCAAGAAGCUCAAGUACCAUGGAGGAGCUGGGACCGACCCAGUUUGGGAUCCUGAGAGCAGGAAGAUGAUGGAGUCUCUGGGAAAACUGGCUUUUGAGCAGCUGCAGAGAGGAAACUUGAUCUUCUAUGAAUCAGACCUCACAGAGUGUGGCAUCGACAUCACAGCUGCUGCACUUUACUCAGGAGUCUUCACACAGAUCUUCAGAGAGGAGAGAGGACUGUACCAGGAGAAGGUCUUCUGCUUCAUCCACCUGAGUCUCCAGGAGUUUCUGGCUGCUCUUCACGUCCACCUGAAGUUCUUCAACUCUGGAGUCAACCUGCUCGACUCGCAGCAAACAUCCAAACUGGCAAAAAUCUUUGGACUUCACAUCAAACCGUUCUACCAGACAGCAAUAAAUGAAGCUGUAGAAAGUCCAAAUGGACAUCUGGACCUGUUCCUGCGCUUCCUUCUGGGUCUUUCUCUGCAGACCAGCCAGAGGCUCCUUCCAGGUUUGUUGACACAGACAGGAAGUAGCUCCUGGACCCAUCAGGACACAGCAGAGCUCAUCAAGAAGAAGAUAAGGGAGAGAGUGUCUCCAGAGAGAAUCAUCAAUCUGUUCCACUGUCUGAGUGAAGUGAAGGACACUUCUCUAGUGGAGCAGGUCCAACAGCAGCUGAGAUCAGGAGCUCUCUCCUCUCGUAAACUGUCUCCUGCUCAGUGCUCCACCCUGGCCUUCAUCUUACUGUCCUCAGAGGAAGAUCUGGACGUGUUUAACCUGAGGAAAUACUCUGCUUCAGAGGAGGCUCUUGAGAGGCUGCUGCCUGUGGUCCAGGCUUCAAAGAAAGUUCUACUGAGCAGCUGUGGACUGUCAAAGAGAAGUGGUUCCCUUCUGUCCUCAGUCCUCAGCUCUCCGUCCUCUAGUCUGACACAACUGGACCUGAGUGUCAAUGAAGACCUGAAGGAUGCAGGAGUGGAGCUGCUGUCUGCUGGACUGAAGAGUCCACACUGUCACCUGGAGACUCUCAGCCUGAGCAGGUGUGGACUGUCAGAGAGAAGUGGUUCCCUUCUGUCCUCAGUCCUCAGCUCUCCGUCCUCUAGUCUGACACAACUGGACCUGAGCUGGAACUGGGACCUGAAGGAUGCAGGAGUGGAGCUGCUGUCUGCUGGACUGAAGAGUCCACACUGUCACCUGGAGACUCUCAGCCUGAGACUCUGUGGACUGUCAGAGAGAAGUGGUUCCCUUCUGUCCUCAGUCCUCAGCUCUCCGUCCUCGAGUCUGACACAACUGGACCUGAGUGUCAAUGAAGACCUGGAGGAUGCAGGAGUGGAGCUGCUGUCUGCUGGACUGAAGAGUCCACACUGUCACCUGGAGACUCUCAGUCUGAGAAGGUGCAUGAUCUCAGAGAGAGGCUGUGCUUCUCUGGCCUCAGCUCUGACCUCUAACCCCUCCCACCUGAGAGAGCUGGACCUGAGCUCCAACCAUCCAGGAGGACCAGGACUGGAGCUGCUGUCUGCUGGACUGAGGAGUCCAGACUGGAGGCUGGAGACUCUCAGGCUGGACGACUGUGGACCACAGUGGUUAAAGAUCUGACCAGAAGAAGUGUGAGUGAGUGAUUGAUCCCUGAGAACUGCUGGACUCACAAGUCUCUGGCAGAGCAGCAGACCUUCUUCUCUUUCAUUUCACCCCCAUUUUGGCUUCUCUCCACUGGCUGCUGUGACUUUUACAAUUGAUUUGAAAGUUCUUCUGUUUGUUUUAAAAGCUUGAAAUGGUCUUGUCCCUCAGCACCUAGUGGAGCUUUUAACCCCUGAGAUCCUUGAGGUCAGCUGAGCAGCUGCUCCUGGAGGUACCUAAAACUGAGCCUAAGAUGAGAGGAGACCAGGCUCUCUCAGUCUGUGGAAUGUCCUCCCUCCCCAUGUGAGACAGGCACCAUCGCUGUCCACUGUUAAAACACUUCUUACAAGGCACUUUUACUGCACGCUCUAUCCUGAUUUUACAGUUGUACAGCACUUCUUGUGUUGUUUUUGAAGUGCUGUAUUAAUAAAUAUGGUAUUUGUCAAGACUGACUCCGAGUCUCAGCAGCCGCUGCCGUCAUCAUGGAGAGUUUCCUGCUCAUCUGAGGCAGAGUCUCAGUGGAGAGCAGCACAGAGGAAGACUCCUCAACAGCAGUCAGAGAAGAAGCCUCCACCCUCACAGAAGCUCUUCAUCUGUGGAAACACUUCUGUCUUCAACGCCCCAAACAGCUCAGAUGUCCAGAUUUUGCUCUUGUUUUCCAUGACUCUUUCAUGCCACUUCUUCUCUGAAGCCUUCCGUCGUGUCCAUGACUUGAACCCUUUGAUGUGGACACGUGAGGAGCCCGUGUUCUGGACACACGGAUGAUGAAUCAUCCAAAAUGCCCCACACCAGUGAGGAGGAGAUCGUGGUGUGAAACUCAGGAGUGUAGGUCACGUGACACUGUGGGCUCCUCAGCGAGUCUCUGUAACUGCGGAUGCUGCUGUGAAAGGUUGACUGGAGUGAAACAUGUGCUGCCAUCAUGAGUCUCCUGGCGCUGCUGCGUCUGGGUCCGUGUUUCUCUCACAGUGGAGACGCAGCAGGUUCUAAAUCAGCUGAGCGGACGACCGUCUGGAGCCUCGUGGGACAGAUACACGGGUGGAUCCUGUUGAGGCUUUCCUGUGUCAAAAGUACCAUUCAAACCAGGAUCAUGAACUAAAGUCGUCCACACUCCAGCGGCCAGGUGCCUUGCUUUGGUCUGGCUUUCAUGCAGCGCGGCGCUGCGGCCCAGGCUGUGGUUUCUCUUUGGCUCUCACAGGCACAUGCUGUUUUAGGAAGACGUCUUCCUGUUUUAAUGUCACUGCUGUUGUUUGAGACGCGGAGCGGAACCCAAUAGCAGUAAUGCAGGAGUCACAGGAGUCAGACAGCGGGUCAAAAUACAGCCAUUUCAGAAAUCAAACAGAAGCGUCACCGAACUGGGAGAAACGAAUGGGAGCAGAGUCUGUAAAGAGAGAGGACAAACACAAUGAGCAAUAAAACACAAAAACUAUCAAGGUGGUCAGAACGAACUCACAGGUCAGGAGAAGCAAUAACAAGGAGAAAACCAGGAAGCUGCGGGGAGCAGAGAGACCAAGGAAAGGCCAAACACAGAAGCCAGAGCAGCAGGGUUUAGAAAGGGUGAACCAAAGAUCAGUCAAUGGACGGGGAGAGAGAGCAAGCGGACGCAGCCAAUGAACGAACAAUUGGAGUCCAUCUGGCUCACGUUGCUGAGUCCAGGUGGCUUUAUACUCGGGUGAUGAGAAGAUGACAACAGGAAGGAAGGAGGGAAGGAAAGAAAACAGGGAUCAAGGGACAAAGUAAAAGCGGCUCAAGUCACUUCUCACUGGUCUGUUAGUUCCUCUCCGCUCCAACCUUCUCUGCUAGAAACAGAAUCCUUGCUGAUACGAAGCGCUGCAGCAGCAGAGCAGGCGACAUUUGGGAAACACUUUGGUCCAAUAAAUAUCAACUCUGUCAUUUUCACACAGAGCAAGACUAGUGUCGCCCCACAGCACAGAGAGAAGCUCAGCUGACUCAACUUACUGUGGCUCAGUUGACUUUCAACACUGGCGUGGGAUGGGUGCAGUCCCAAGUUUGAGCGCAGUGACACUGGAGGUGGGCGUGGCUUUGAAGCUCCUCUGCAGAGGAGGUCCAGCAGAGGCUCAGAACCAUGCGACUGGAGUGGGGAAGGUUGUGUAGAAGGGUGUGAGUGGUGCGUGAAGGUGUGAAGAAGCAGCUCUGAUGGAGGGAAAGCACUGGGACAGAGAGGCAAAGAGGGCAGGGAGCGUCAACACGAUGCAGACAGAUGUUCCAUACGGAGGGUCGGUUCACUCAAGGCUGUCGGUCCUCAGAGGACAUGAGACGUCUCCUCCACUGCUGCUGAGGCUGCGAGCUCAUGGGAGCUGUGCAUCUGUGAUGCAACAUGAACGUUGUUGGAACUGCUCCUGCUGCUGAGGAAUGAAGCCAUCAUUCCCCCGGCUCACCUCACCCUCUCUCACUCGUGUGUCGCAGCACACCAGUUGAAGACGCUGCAAUAUGGGACAGUUCAUCUGCUCCUCAAAGUCGGGGCCCCAGGUCCUCCACAGAGUCCUCCACUGACAGAGGUUUAUCACCAUCUCACGUCAGUCAAACACGCUUCAAGAAGACGCUCAUCAUUGCUGAAGCUUCUGCUAUGACGAGACUUCACGUGCACUUUCACUUGUAAGACGGGAUGGGACGGGACGGGACGGGACGAUCUCACAAAGGAGGAAUUCACCGUCACAGCAUCUCUUGAGUUGUUGGUGCAAAGGAUGUAUCCAUGACGACGGUCGGCUCUACACAGUAGGGAUGAAGGACCUGUGGUGGUGCUCCUUCCUGCACUGAGGUUGAGCUGCUCAGAUCCUCUGGGCUCUGAUUCAGUGGGUGAGAGCUGUUGUCCAUGAUGGAGGUGAGCUUGGCCAACACGCUCCUCUCACUCACCUCCUCCACAGAGUCCAGAGCAAAGCCCAGGACAGAGCUCCUGACCAGCUGCUUCAGUCUCUUCCUGCCCAGCAGACCACCAUCGAGUCAUCAAAGCUCCGAGCAGAGCAUCACUCCAGCUUCCACUGCAAGUUUAUCUCUGUGUAUAAGUUCUGUCAGUGCACUGAGUCCGUGGUGUUUGGCAGAACGUCCUGUUUCUCAGGAGAGAAAUGUAUUAUUGCUGUGGUUUGUUUUGGAAAUGUGCGUGUUCCUUUAGCAUCUUCAUCUUCAAUGGGAUCAGCAUGAGACUCCCUUCUUGGUUUUUCUUGGUGUUGCCUGUUAGGUGGUGGUCUUGAGCGACUCCUCCGUUCUGCUGCAUGUUCAUGUGCUGUCUUGGUCUGUUGGUCUUCUUGCAGCACCUUGCCCCAGGACCUUUAGUGCCACACGCUGAACGCUCAUCAUUCUCAGCAGGACAUUGACGUGGUUUGUGUUUGGUUCCACGACUCCCACACGUGCGUCCUCUUUCAAAUGCCUGUCUUUUCUCACUGUGUGGCAUAUUCAACUUCUGCAGUGGCUCAUACCCUGCAGACAAGGCUUCAUAUGUCCACCUUCUGCCAGCACAUCAGCUUUGGGUUUGCUGUACGAGUCAUUGCUCAGAGCAUCAUGAGGUGUGCGGUGAUGAUGCCUGACUUCUGGCUCUGGUCACAGAGUCAUGGAUGCCCUCACCCGACCUCUGUCUGUAUUGCAUCAAGUGUGGUCCGUGAAUUCUGAAGUUCACGUUCAGCUUUAGCUGACCUUCGCAAUACUCCCACAAUUGAUCAUUUUUGCUCGUGUUCACUGAGGCCACUUGCGUCGAGUCUUCAUGUCCAAUGCCACGACAGAUGGGUCUCCUUUGUUUGGCAGUGUCUGUUAUUUCUUCUCUUCUAAAUACAGACACCUUUUUUGUUUCAAUAGUGACGCAGCCUCGCACCCAUCCGGGUCGGACCAGUUGAUCAUCGGGAGAUGCGACGCCAUGGUGCGGCAAGUCCUCCGCUUCAGAUUCACCUUGCUUGAAUGACCACAGCCAUUAUCCCCAGACAGUCCUUUGGCUCUGUCCUGGCUUCUCUCAGGUGUUUACCGCUGCCACCAUGAAGUGUGACGAUGUAUGACGAAGGAGCAAGGACGCCACUCUGGUCGAGGUUUACCUUUUAGAUCAAUCGUUCUCAUAGACACAGGAGACACCCGGGGUCACACGUGGACCAAACAUGGUACCAACACUAUAUCUAUAUAGAGAGGGUUUUCACUGCGCGUCAUGGCCGCGUCAUCCAGCCCAGGAGCCGCCAUGUUGGAGCUCCUCUUUGUCAACACCCCCAUAGGCUGUGACUGGAGUGAGAUGGAAAACCUCAGAAAGGCUCGUCGUGCGUGGUGUGCGGACGAGUCAGGGAACUGUUAUACCGAGUCACCUCAUAUGAGAAUGUGACGUAUUUAAACAUUUUGAUGACUGUGUGUGAGAGAGAGAGAGAAAGAGCUUUUUCAGGGAACGUUCUGAAAACUGUGUGGGUUGGCAUCAAUAAACAUGUUCUGAUAAAAGUCUUCCACGGCAAUACAAUGCAAAUGAACAGUCAUUUAGGCUGCACUUUUUCUUUUUUAAUCCACAGUUUGGCCUCCAAGGUCCUGCUUCAGCUUCGCUAACCACAAGCUCCUCCUCUCUUCCUACAAGUACUGGCACUGUUCUCCUUGGUUUGUCAUCACUUUUGGAAGUGGAUAAAAUUCCAAAUGU